UAGUCUACCUCUUCUUAAACUCUACAAACACCUCUCUAACUCUACCUACACUUGAAGUCUUUCCAUAAAAUCUCACUGUGUCUUUCCAUUUGAGGCCUCUUAACUCAGGUGGGUAGUUUCUGUUUUUGCUCCAAAUCACAAGGGAGCAAGGAGCUAACCGGCUUUUGGUCACCAAAGUUUCUGUCUUAGCGUAGAGAGAGAGAGAGAGAUAGGUGGGGGUGGUGUUAGGGGGGGAUAUAUAAGAUAAGAGAAGAAAGAAAGAAAGGAAGUUGGGUCCUAGAGCUAGCGAGAACAAGUUUCAAAAGGGGGGGUGGUGUGGGGGGGUGGGUUUUAGCCGAGUAAUGCGCUCAGGAGCUUGCACAGUUCAGCAGACCCUCACAGCAGAGGCUGCUUCAGUAUUGAAGCACUCUCUAAGCUUGGCAAGGAGGAGAGGCCAUGCUCAGGUCACUCCUCUUCAUGUGGCUGCCACUUUGCUUAGCUCAAGAGCUAGUCUUUUAAGAAGGGCUUGUCUCAAAUCUCAACCCCAUCAAAAUUCACAUCCUCUUCAAUGCAGAGCUCUUGAACUUUGUUUCAAUGUUGCACUUAACAGACUCCCAACAACACCCGGUCCUCUUCUUCAUGGCCAGCCUUCUUUAUCUAAUGCUCUAAUUGCUGCACUCAAAAGGGCACAAGCUCAUCAGAGAAGAGGUUGCAUUGAACAGCAGCAACAACAACCACUCUUGACUAUCAAGGUUGAGUUAGAGCAGCUUAUUAUAUCUAUUUUAGAUGAUCCUAGUGUUAGUAGGGUUAUGAGGGAAGCUGGUUUCUCUAGUACUUCUGUCAAAAGCAAUAUAGAGGAUUCUUCAGCUUCUUCUGUUUUUCAGUGUUACACUACUUCCGGUGGCGUUUUCUCUUCACCUUCUUCUCCUGGUGAAACCCACAGAGAGAUCAUUAACCCUACAUCUUUUUGGCAAACCCAUUUCUUGAGUUACUCUGCUGAGAAAAACCCACUUCUUUUCUCUCCACAAAAGAAGCUCUCAACCAACUAUUUCACAGAUUCAUCAGCUUCUGUGAAGGAAGACAUUAAGCUGGUUUUUGAGGUCUUCCUGAGAAAGAAGAAGAAGAACACAGUGAUAGUGGGUGACUGUGUGUCUAUAACUGAAGGUCUUGUUGGGGAGCUGAUGGGAAGAGUAGAAAGAGGAGAGGUUCCAGCUGAAUUGAAACAAAUCCAGUUUGUCAAGUUUCAGUUUGCACCAGUUUCUUUAAGGUUCAUGAAGAAAGAAGAUGUAGAAAUGAAUAUAACGCAACUUAAAAGGAAAGUAGAUUCUAUUGGAGAUAGCGGGGUAAUUAUAUACACAGGAGACCUGAAGUGGACAGUUGAAGAAAGUGCAAUCAAUGGAGAAUAUAGUCCAGUUGAUCAUCUAGUGGCAGAAACAGGAAGAUUACUGUCUGAUUAUAGCUGCUCAAACGCAAGGGUUUGGUUAAUGGCCACUGCAAAUUAUCAGACAUACAUGAGGUGCCAGAUGAGACAACCUUCUCUCGAGAUUGAAUGGGCUCUUCAAGCAGUCUCAGUUCCUUCAGGUGGACUUGGCUUGAGCCUCCAUGGUUCCAGUAUCCAUGAAUCAAGGAUGACCUUCAACCAAAACCCAUCUCAAGUACUGGAAACAAAACCAUUAAUUAGCAAUAGCAAGGAUGAACAAGAUAAGCUAACUUGCUGUCCAGAAUGCAUCUCCAGCUAUGAAAAAGAAGCCCAAGUUCUCAAAUCAGUCCAGCAGAAAAAUCUGCCUCCUUGGCUUAAUCCACGAGGCACCACCACCAAUGAUAUGAAUGAAGAAGCUGAGUUGAGAAGAAAAUGGAAUGGAUUAUGCCAGGGCUUACACCACCAAGGAAGGAAUACUCAAAACAAUUUGGCUUCCACUUUCUGCAACAACAACAAUCAAGGCCUGACAGGGAAGAGCUAUUCAUUAUACCCUCGGUGGCCAAGCCAAAACAACAUCUUCCAAGAUUCGAAUUCGAUCUCUUUCACAGAUUCAGCUUUGAAGCCUGAUUUCACCUCCAGUUUUGUCCCCAAGUUUAGACGCCAACAGUCGUGCAAAAUUGAUUUCAAAUUUGGUGAUGUAACCCAAAAGCAGCAACCAAACUUGGAUUCUCUCAAGAAUACUCAAGGCAAGGAAGUCAAAAUCACCCUGGCUCUUGGAAAUUCUUUCUUCUCUGCUACAGGGGAAUCAGCGAAAGGGAAGAAUGAUUUGUGCAGGUUAUUGCAAGACAAUGUGCCAUGGCAAUCUGAAAUAAUUCAUUCAAUAGCAGAAGCAUUAUUCGAAUCCAAAUCGAACAGGAAAGGAACUUGGUUACUGAUCCAAGGCAAUGACAUAGUGGGAAAAAGAAUAUUAGCCCUUACAAUUGCCGAGUCUGUUUUGGGGUCAGCUGAUUCGCUACUCUACAUCAACAUGAAAAGAAGAGACAAUGAGGCAGUUCCAUAUUCAGAAAUGAUCACAAGAGCCUUCAGAAGCCAAGAAAGGCUUGUCGCUCUGGUGGAAGAUAUUGAUUUUUCUGAUACACACUUGUUGAAGUUCCUUGCUGACGGAUUUGAAAGUGGGAAAUUUGGAGAAUCAGGAAACCUUGGCCAAGCAAUAUUCAUUUUGACAAGGGGAAGUGACUUCAUGGGCUACGAACAUGGGAAAACAAAUCAAAAUUCUGUGAUCAGGAUGACCCUGGAAGUGAAGCAAACAAAACUUGAUAGUUUUGGAACACCAAACACGGAUCGUAAGAGAAAAGCUGAGAGGGACAUUUCAGGCAGGAGAAAGGCUCCAAGAAGUGAGGAAAAAGAAGAUGCUGAGAAUGGAAGCAGUAAGAAAGAUUGCUUCUCCAGGCAGACAAGUUUCAACACUCUGGAUCUUAACAUCAAAGCCAAUGAGGAAGACGAUGAACAUGGUGAGGAGAAACAUGUGGAGUUCAGCCCAAUUUCAAGCGACUUGACUCGCGAGGCUGCUUCUGAUCCUGUUGCCCCAUCUAGGUUCCUUGAUUUGAUCAAGAACCGCUUUGUUCUGAAUCGAAAUGAUGGUCAAGGUAGAAAGAUCAUGAGAGAGGAAUUCUCAACAAAGAUGAACAAGUGUGUAGAGGAGGCUUUUGGGGAUCAAAAUUCAAUUGGGUUUAGCAUUGAAGAGAGGGUAUCAGAGGAGAUAGUAGAUAAAUUUGGGUAUAUUGUUAAUAGCGUUAUCGAAAGAUGGCUGAAAGACAUCUUUCAAACAACUUUGCAUACAAUUAAAAUUGGAGGUAAAGAGGGUACGGUGAUUAGGCUUUGUUUUGAAGGUACAAAUGACAAAGUUUUGGGGGAUGGGUUUAUGGGUACAUGUCUUCCUAAGAAAAUCCAAGUUUCUUUCAUGGACUGACUUUCCAAGUCUUUUUUUUCCUUUUUCCUCUUUGUAAAAUCCACAAAGUAUCCUUUAUGUAACUGCUAAUUUUCAUAAUAGGAUGUGCUUUGCUUUCCCUGUUUUA